CUGGACCUCGCGGGGAGCUUCACCGAGGACGCCCCCAGGCCCCCGGUCCCUGGGGAGGAGGGCGAGCUCGUUUCCGCGGAACCGCGGCCCGCCGGCCACGGCUUUUCUGCCGGGAAGGGCGAGGCGGGGAAAGCCGAGCCGCCCACCGCCACCCCGCGGCGCCCAGAUUUGGACAUGGGCUACGAGCCGGAGGGCAGCGCUUCCCCGACGCCGCCCUACCUGCGAUGGGCAGAGUCCUUGCACUCCUUGCUGGACGACCAAGACGGCAUCCACCUUUUCCGGACCUUUCUGAAGCACGAGAGCUGCGCGGAUUUGCUGGACUUCUGGUUCGCCUGCAGCGGCUUCAGGAAGUUGGCGCCCUGUGACUCCAACGAGGAGAAGAGGUUAAAGCUGGCCAAAGCCAUUUACAAGAAGUACAUCCUCGACAGCAGCGGGAUCGUGUCCCAGCAGGUCAAGCCAGCCACUAAAAGCUUCAUCAGAGACUGCGUUCUGAAGCAGCUCAUCGACCCGGCCAUGUUCGACCAGGCGCAGAUGGAAAUCCAGUCCAUGAUCGAGGAGAAUACCUACCCCUUGUUCCUGAAGUCGGAUAUUUAUUUGGAAUACACGAGGAUGGGUGGGGAGAGCCCAAAGGUGCACAGUGAUCAGAGUUCAGGGUCCGGGACAGGGAAGGGCCUGCCUGGGUACCUGCCCACCUUGAACGAGGAUGAGGAGUGGAAAUGUGACCAAGACAUCACAGAAGGAGAGGAGGGGCAGGUGGUGGUGGCGGUGGCCGAUCCGGAGUCUGCUUCCUCCAGCAGGUUCACCCAGAAGCUCCUUCUGGAGACUGCCACCCAGCGAGCCCCCAUGCCCAGGCACUACAGUGAGGGGAGGGAGUUCAGGCAUGGGCCUUGGAGAGAGGCAGUGCACCCGUACUAUGUCAACACUGGCUAUGCCCUGGCACCAGUCACCAGUGCAAACGACAGUGAGCAGCAUAGCAUGUCCAGUGAUGCUGAUACCAUGUCACUGACUGAUAGCAGCCUAGACGGGGUUCCCCCUUACCGGCUGCGGAAGCAGCAUCGCAGAGAGAUGCAAGAAAGUGCCAAAGCAAAUGGACGUGUGCCACUACCUCACAUUCCGCGAACGUACCGAAUGCCAAAGGACAUCCACGUUGAACCCCAGAAGUUUGCUGCUGAGCUAAUCAACCGCCUUGAGGAAGUGUUGAGGGACCGGGAAGCCGAGGCCAAGCUAGAGGAGCGCCUGAAGCGGGUCCGAGCAGAGGAAGAAGGGGAAGACACAGACCUCCCCUUGGGCCCGUCCCUCAUGAGCCACAAGCUGGCCCCCACACAGCUCUUGCCCCACUUUGCCCCCCGCUAUGCUGAGCUGCAGCUGCGCGAUGCUCACGAAGAGAACCCAGAGAGCAUUCUGGAUGAGCAUGUGCAACGGGUGAUGAAAACACCCGGCUGCCAGUCCCCCAAACCCCGAUCUCCGGACAGCGGGCUUGUCGGCAAGCUGCAUGGCCUGACGGGGUCUGUCCCGCUGGGCCACGGCAAGCACGCCAGCAAGUCGGGGCUGAAGCUGGAGGCUGCCAACCUCUAUCACCACAAGCACGUUUAUCAUCACGUGGUCCAUCACCAUGGCGGUCUGAAGGCCAAGGAGACAGUGGAGGAGGCGACCAGCCAGCGCACGCAGGGCCCUUUCGCCUGGAGUGUUGAUCCUCACAGCAGUGCCACAAAGUCGCGGGCCUACGGGGAAAGCAUGGGCCUGGCCCCAGGCCCUCUGGAUGCCGUGGCCUACAGUGGGAAAGCUGGCUUGCUCUCAAAGCGGAAUGCCAAGAAGUCGGAUCCUGGGAAAAACGAUGGCACCAGCUAUGACGUGCCUGGCUCUCCGGAAGACCUGGAAAAGAACCAGAAGAUCAUGCAGUGGAUCAUAGAAGGUGAAAAGGAGAUCAGCAGGCACCGAAAGACAACCCAUGGUUUUUCAGGUACCAAGAAGCAGCUGGCUCACGACCCGCCCCGCCCAGGUCCCAUCGAUCGCCCUGUGGCUGUGCACCCCUGGAUGGCGUUCCGGAAUGUUGUGCAGCCAUCCCACCCUUUCAUCCAGGACCCAACCAUGCCCCCCAACCCUGCUCCCAACCCCCUGACACAGCUGGAGGAAGCCCGACGGCGGUUGGAGGAGGAGGAGAAGAGGACUGGCAAGCUGGUUGCCAAGCAGAGAAUGAAGGCACCAAAGAGACUGGGCGGCGGUUUCUCUCAGCCCUGCGAGAAUAUUGUUGUGGCGUAUUACUUCUGCGGGGAGCCAAUCCCCUACCGCACCCUUGUCAAAGGCCGGGUGGUCACGCUGGGCCAGUUCAAGGAAUUACUGACCAAGAAGGGGAACUACAGGUAUUACUUCAAGAAAGUCAGUGAUGAGUUUGACUGUGGAGUGGUGUUUGAAGAAGUUCAAGAGGAGGAUGCCGUCCUGCCCAUCUUUGAAGAGAAGAUCAUUGGGAAAGUAGAGAAGAUUGAUUAACCCAGCGUGAGCCAAAAUGGGAGCAGGCCUGUGCCUGGCAGCCACAGCACCCUUCCUUGCUGCUUGCCUUCUGUGAGGGAAGCCACAAUCCUCUCAGUGCCAUGUAGGAUCUUCAGCUUGCUGCAUUAGGAACAUUACACAGCUGUUGACAGAAGCUGCACCAAAGGAUGUCUUUGAGAUGAUCCCGGGCUUGCAAUAUCAUGGCCGUGCCGCCUCCCCCCGGACAGUGGAACAAGCCAGAAGCUGGGGAUUCCCGCGGGAGGGGAGGCAGACCGAACAAGACUCUGGUUUGCAUUUUGAAUAGCCUUGGAAAGAGGCGUACUUUAUAGAAUUGCACCUUGUCCUGCCCACAUAGGUCCUCUUGUUCACAUGCUGUUGAGAAGCAGAGGAAAAGACUCCGAGAUGCUGUCUUGGCUCAGGACCAUCCCAUGCCUUGCUACCUCUCUCAUUUUCUUGCUACUCAACAGCUGGAGGGGGAGAGAGUGGGCUUAUGGCACAAGUAAAAGGCUGAUAGAUCAGCCUCCCACCAGUCUCUUCUCCUUGCUGAAAGUUGCAGAACUGCGUGCUCCCUCCUGUCAGUCUUCCGGUUCCACUGCAGCUCUGUCCUUUUAAUCCCCCCCCUACACACACACAUAACCUGGGCUCCACGUAUCCAUGGCAGAGGAGGUGGAACAGCCCUCAGGACUGCCCCCACCAGCACCCACCCUUUGUGGAUGUCACUGAGUGCCUUCCAACCCCAUGCUUGUCCCCUCCCCUGGUUAGGGUUCUUGCCUUCCUAGGCUCCGAUUGUGUUCCACAUCUGAUGGACAUUUUAAUGUGUUGUACCCGGCUGGAGCCGGAUCUUCAUUUCCCCUUUUUCUGAAGGGUUCGAUUGUAGAUAUGUACAUUUUCUAAACCAAGUGUCAGCCAUCAGUGGCUGAGCAAAUGGCUGGCAAUUCUGGAACUUUUUUUUUCACACGCUGACUUGUACAAUUUAUCUUUUCAAAGGUACUUGGAUAAUAAUGGAAUAAAGCCCUGUGUUCCGAUGGUU